AUGAUCCCAUUUGUAUCGUCCUCGUUUUUGCUCGUCGGUGCGGUCGCGCUUCUCCGCGCUAAGAAGACAUUAAAGAAGACGAGAAAAGUCUUCAGAGUGUACAUGGAUGGCUGUUUCGACUUGAUGCAUUUCGGCCACGCGAACGCGCUGCGACAGGCGAGAGCGAUUGCCUCUUUCGCAUCAACAGGAGGAAAAGAAGGAGGAUAUGUGGAGGGAGCAGAAGAAGUCGAAUUAAUCGUCGGUCUGGUCUCGGACGAGGAGAUUUUGCGGUGCAAAGGCCCACCGGUGUUACCGGAGCAGGAAAGGGUGAAGUGCGUGCGAGCGGUGAAGUGGGUGGACGAUAUAAUCGCGAACGUGCCGUACGAGUUGACCAGGGAGUUUGUGGAGGAGUUAUUUUCGGAGAAGUAUGGGAUCGAUUGCAUCGUGCACGGGGACGACCCGUGUUAUUUGCCGGACGGGACGGACGCGUACGCGAUACCGAAAGCGUUGGGGAAAUAUCGCGAGAUCAAGAGGACGGAAGGGGUGUCGACGACGGAUUUGGUGGCCAGGUUGUUGGAGUACGCGGAUGCGAGCGAGAACACGACGAGUAAAAGCGCGGGUGAUGAGAGCAGUGGAGGUAAAAGGAGCGAGAAAAACGAGAGACACGAGGCGAGAUUUUGUACGACGGCGUCGAGGAUAGCGCAGUUCGCGGCGAAAGUUUCGUACAGUAAAACGUCCAAGAUGCACGAGGAGACCGAGAAAAGGAAGACAGAUAAGAAGCAAAGGAAGAACGAGAAAAACGAAGAAACGACGUGUUGUUACGUCGUCGGUGCGUUCGACGUGUUCAACGCCGGUCACGUGGAACUCCUGGAAGAGUGCUCGUUCGUAGCGGAUAAAGUCGUCUGCGCGGUUAUCGCGGACGAGUAUUUAACGCGCGACAAAACGAACCAACCGCCGCCGAUGCUCAACCAAUCCGAACGCGCCAUGUCUGCCAUCGCGUGCAGACACUGCGACGAUGUCGUCGUUGGCGCGCCGGCACGACUUACCGAUGACAUUUGUAAAACAUUCAACGUGACCGCGGUCGUCUUUGAAGACGACGACGCCGUCACCGAGCGCGAUCGAAACGUCUGCGAAAAGAACGGCGUCCAAAUCCUCUCGGUGAAAGAAAGAGUCUUCUCGAGGAAGAAACUCACCAUCGCGAAAAGAGUGCAAGCAAACAGAGCGCUGUUCGAAGAGAGACAAAAACGGAAAAUGGCGAGCGAGAAGGCGUACUACGAGCAAAAAGCCUUCGUCGCGGAAGAUUAA